AUGGUCGACGGCUCUGCUAUCGAACAACAAGAUGACGGGAACAAUGUGAGUUGGAGCAUCCAUUCUCUGCUUGGCACCAGGCAUGAAGAAAUCAAGUGCAUGGUUAAUAAUGAUAGUGGAGCAUUUUAUAAUUCAGUUGUCGGCGGCCUUCGCAGCUUCGGCUUUUUCGGCAAGACUUCACUUCCCAAAGAUACUAGCACACCACUUUGGGAGGGCUGGAACUUCAAUCCUGAGCUUCUGGAUGAAAUGACGUGCGGUUCUGCUGCAGGGAGUUUGUUAUGUCAGAGCUCGACGUUGCUUGAACACAUUCCAUUUGAGGUGAUAGUGCAGGAUGCAUUGGGCUGUCGUUCACCUGAGUUGAGAGAACUAUAUGUCAAGUAUGAACAGCUGAACGUGCAAUUCUACGAUUACUUCAUGGACAGGCGUGAAAGUGCCAAAUAUCUGGUCGCGGUAGAUAAGAAUAUUAACAUCAAGGAGGCUUUGGAAGAAGCUACUGCUGAUCCCUUCAUCCGAGCCGUGGUUCAAAAUGCAUAUGACUGCGUUCAAAAUAAGGCACCUCGGCACCCGGACCUGGAUACACCACUCAGUCACUUCAUCACCGGGCCUUUGAAAGAACAUUUUGAGAAAUCUCAGUCCGACGAAGUCAAAUUACAAGGACUGAAAAUAAUUCGAAUGCGUUAUGGAAGAUAUAUGACAGACGUCAGCAACACCUGGCACAAUCCGUUGAAUACUUGUACCGAUUUCAUAGAAGAUCUCAAAUCCCACGGGCCCUUGGAUCUCGCCAGAGCUAUAACAAAAGAAGACCAUGCUCGAUAUCAAGACCUGAACAUCAACUCAUUCAGGGGGGAUGAAGCAUUCGACGUUAUUAUACGGCGAUGUGACAAUUUGACGAUGUCGAUACAGGAUGGUUUGGAUGCUCAGAUUUUCAGCGAUUCUGAAAUAUUUCAGCUUGCUCAGGUAGCGUGGAAGCGAAUAUACCUUCAUAUCAACAGCUGA